AUGAUCCAAGCCGCUCAUGUUGGUGUUGGUAUCAGCGGCGUCGAAGGUCUUCAAGCCGCUCGAUCCGCUGAUGUGGCGAUUGGUCAGUUUCGAUUCCUGCGAAAGCUCCUUUUGGUUCACGGGGCGUGGAGUUAUUCUCGCAUCAGUCGAGUUAUCCUAUACUCUUACUACAAGAACAUUACGCUUUACAUGACUCAAUUCUGGGUAAGUUUGCUCUCUGAUCCUACUUUGGCGAUGGCUGACCUUUUCCAGUACUCUUUCCAAAACGCAUUCUCCGGUGAAGUCAUCUACGAGUCCUGGACACUCUCCUUCUACAACGUGCUGUUCACUGUAUUGCCUCCAUUCGCGAUGGGAAUCUUUGACCAGUACAUUUCCGCUCGAUUGCUUGAUCGCUACCCGCAACUAUACCAACUAGGCCAGAAGGGAAUCUUCUUUAAGAAGCACAGCUUCUGGGCCUGGAUUUUGAAUGGAUUCUUCCAUUCUCUGAUCCUCUACAUCGUGUCCCAGCUGAUCUUCUUCUGGGAUCUCCCUAUGGCCGAUGGUAAAGUCGCCGGUCAUUGGGUCUGGGGAGAAGCACUUUAUACCGCUGUGCUCGCUACGGUCCUGGGCAAAGCCGCCUUGAUCACCAACAUUUGGACAAAGUACACUUUCAUCGCCAUUCCAGGAUCAAUGUUCCUUUGGCUUGUCUUCCUCCCCGCGUAUGGUUAUGCGGCCCCGGCCAUUGGCUUCUCUCGUGAAUACUACGGCACUAUUCCUGUUCUCUUCAAAUCCCCCAUUUUCUACCUGAUGGCCGUCGUCUUGCCUUGUGUGUGUCUUCUUCGUGACUAUGCCUGGAAGUACGCCAAGCGCAUGUACUACCCACAGCAUUACCACCACGUUCAAGAGAUCCAGAAGUACAACGUGCAAGAUUAUCGCCCCCGGAUGGAGCAGUUCCAAAAAGCCAUCCGGAAGGUGCGGCAGGUCCAGCGCAUGCGCAAACAGCGUGGCUACGCCUUCUCCCAGGCCGACGAUGGUGGUCAGAUGCGUGUUCUCAACGCUUACGACACCACUCGUAGCCGUGGUCGGUAUGGUGAGAUGGCUAGUUCAAGACCUAUGGCGUGA